UUGCGUUGACUGCCCCAACGUGAACACGGCAAAACAAACUGGAUCUGUCAAAGGGAUAACAAGUGUUUCAUACAUUACAGGAAUUUAAAGAUGGAAAACAGCAGUGUUUUUAAUAUUGAUCAAUUAAUUCAAGCUGCUGAGUUUUUGGAUAGGAGAGAAAGAGAAGCUGAGCAUGGCUAUGCAUCGACUGCACCUAUGCCUGAAUUUUUAUCAAAUAAAAAGAAGUCGAAACCAAAGAAAUCUCAGGGAAAUCGAUCCACACACAACGAACUAGAGAAAAAUAGGCGAGCACAUUUGAGGUAUUGCUUGGAAAAAUUAAAAGACAUUGUCCCGGUUGGAAGUGAAUCCUCUAGACACACCACCUUGGGACUAUUAACGAAGGCGAAAAGUUUUAUCCGAAUGCUAGAGGAUAGAGAGAAAAAGAAUCAUUCUACGAAAGUGCAAUUGAAAAAAACACAGCAACAACUCCAGAAGAGAUUAGAGUCAUUAAUGCAGGGCCAGUAUCGUCGACAGGAACGCAGCAUCAGUGAGUGUAGCACUACCACCAACUCCACUACCUCCUCCAACUCCGAAUCCGAUGAAGUUGACAUCUUAGGGUAUGGAAGUUCACCAAGUGAUACCGAUGAAAGCUGUGGCAGCGACGGAUACUCCGUAGAUUCCAAACGACUAGUAUUAAACUCAUCUCCAUUUUCAGAGUCCCUAUGAAAAAGAAUGAAGUCUGCAUGUAUGAUAGAGAUGGAGAUGGAGGAUUUUUUCUUUUCAAUUUACAUUCAGAAACUGUGUAUGUCUGUGUAAAUAUAUGUGUAUGAAUGUUUUAUGUGUAGAAAAAAGAGUCAAGAUUUUUUUUUUGUUAAGAUCUGUUAUGUAUAGUGUAAAAAGGAGCGGAAUAUGUAUGCUGUUGAAGAGGGAGAUUAGUUUUAUUUCUGGUGUCAAGAAUUCAAAGAAAAAUACUUUAUGUAUUAACAAAGUCGUACUAAGCUUGCAUAUUUUGUGUAUAUUUCCUGUGUCGAAGCCAAAUAUUUUAUCAAACACUUUUUAUUUUUGCUGUGAAAAGAGUAUAGGACAACUUUCUAUGGAUUUUCCAAUAUACUUCUCAAAGCUAUAACUUCUUAGAUAAGCAGUCAAUUUUAUUGAACCAGUGGCAGUGACCUUGGAUUUGUGGACAUUCACUGUAUUGAAGACUGUAAACUGGACUAAUUAAUAAUACUCAUUUAUGUUUGUUAAUAAUUGGGAGUUAUGGGUUACACUUUAAUAAGCAUUGUAGCAGAGAUCUUGCCACUCUCUCUCUGGGAAUUUAGGACUUCUUUUUUGUUUUUGCACGUUCUUCUAUGAUUAUCAGGAAUACUAUCUACGCAAAAUGGUAGAAGCAUGAUUUGAGGAUAUUUCACUGCCUGAAAUACAAAUAAUUUAAGCAGUAAGUAUUCUGUACCAAAAUGACUUUGUUAAAUCUUCAGGGUUACAAUGUAUUUUUUAUUUUUUUUUUGCUGUUGUGCAAAUAUUGAUCUCAAUAAGAAAAACGCUGUCUUGUUGCUGAAUGAAAGAUUUUGUUUCCUGAAAUGGAAUUACGAUAUAUGGAACUCCGCACCAGGAGAAGGCAAACACAAGAAGUAAUUGUCCACUUUAGACUCUUCUAAUGUUUAACUUUCCGGUGUACCCAUUUGUUUUUAAAAAUGGAAAUUAGUAGGACUUAACAAGAUUUUUUCGUGUAAUUUAUUCUUUUCUGUGCUUGUUGAGUUUUACUUGUUUGGUUUACCUGUGCAAUUCAGUGUGGGUUUUUAUUCCAGAAAAAAAAAACUGAAGUGACAUUUACUGGAUUUUCUGUAAUAAAUAAUUUUUGCAAAAUCUGUUAAAAUUCCAAACUGGGAAGUAGUGGAAUUCAUUUUCCCCCAAGGCAGCAUAUGUAAGGUUUGCAAAAUAUUAAAAUAAAACAGAGGUCCUGUACUAUUUUACUGAUGAGAGAAUAAUAUAUUUAUGUAAAUGUAUUGCCUGUCCUAUUUGUAUAUAAAUAAUUUAUUUUUAUCUUGUAAAUUUAACUUAUUAACUACUUUUUAAAUGUUAUGGAAGGUCAUUUCUUCUGUACCUUUUAAAGAAUUUAGUGGAAAUGUUGGUUCACAAGAUGGGGGUUGCUGUGAACUGAAUAUUUUUUAAUUGCGAGUUUGAACGACAUUCUGUUUUGAAUUACUCAUUUCUGCUGAGGUAGUGACAAUCUUUUUUUUGUGAACCAAUAUUUCAAUGUAUCCUAAAAUUUUUACAAAGGAUACCAGAGGCUGUUUUCUGUGAUAAUAAUGAUGAAAGAUAUUAGAAAAUCCCUAUCUCUGUUCAUUUAUGAUAAACAAUAAUUGCCAAGUAUUGUCUUGAUGUAUAUAUAUAAAUGCAUAUGAAUCUACAGGAGUUUAAAUUUGAUUUGUUUUGAACAGAGUGAGAAAUGGUUUUUUUUCUUUGGGGGAUUGCUACUUAAUAAGCAAGUUUUUGUUUUGUUUGGUUUUUUUUUUUUUACAUUUUUUAAAAGAUGUCUGGAAAAAAAUCAAACUUGUUACUUGGUUGAUUUUAAUGUUAUUUCUUUUUAUAUCCUGUGCUUAAUGACAAAAUGGUAUUGGUGCACCAUGCCCCGUAUUUCUCCAAAAGAUCAUUGAUCUGCAAUUGUGAAGUGCUAGUAGCUAAGUUAAUAUUAAGCCUGAAAUCAAGUUGGUUAAAGUAACAAAUCUAUGAUCUUUGUCAUUCGUAACCCUUUAAAUACUUUGACAAUCAUACAGGUAACAAAAAAUCGGCUGAAUGAACGAAAAGAAAUGUUUGUACAUUUGUAUAUAUGGACAUUUAUCAGUAUACCAAAUCCAGAGUUGAUGAGGAUUUUCAGAAUGUGAAGGGGUUGUCUGUGUAAUAUGUUGGUAUAAGAAUAGAUAUAUUCUGCCAUAUAUAUAUAUACAUGUGUAUCUAUGUAGAGAAUUCCUUGCCAUUCCCGGUAAAAAAUACAAAAAAAUUCGUGUAAUCUCAAGGUAGACGUUUUGCUUCAGUUUUAUAUGCAGAGAUUGCGAGAUACUUGGUGCAAAGUGAACAAGCAUAUGUUGUGCGUACUUGUAGAGAAAUGUGAAUAUUAAGCUCGACACAUUAUUACCACCCAAGUCAUGUGAUGGCAAAUAUGGACAACAGAAAGGGAUUUAAAAAUCCCACAGUAUAUUUGGCUGUUAAUGUGUUGACAUCUUUUUAUUUUUUUUUUUUCAUCAUCUUUUUGAUAAAACAUGCAUGCAGACUUGGUGAGCAGCGGCCUGUUAGAUCUGCCGAAUUGGACAAAGAUUUUUGCAUAAAAUCUUGUUUUUUUAGAUUGUACUUGGAAAGGUGGAUCUAACAUGGGGAAACGAGUCAUUUUUUUUUUCUUUAUUGUGACAUCUGGAUUUAUUUACACAAAAAAACUGUAAAAAAAAAAAAAUGAUUGUUAUUACAUAGUUGAUGGACACUAGGUAAUAUUGUAUGUAUGUGAUAUAAACAUGAAUGAUCAAUGUGUAAGUUAGUUCAAAUCCAUAGAAAUCAUUGUGUAUACUUGUCAAGUUGUCCAUUAUUGUUUACCCCCAGAAAUGGGGAAUAAAAUUUUAUUAAAAUUUA